AUGUUUCAUACCCUUCUGGUCCCGGGCGGCCUAUUGGAUGGCGGAACUCGGGGGUCUCUCGAAUACGGCCUUGUCGCCCAUCGGAGCGACUCCAUCGAGCUCCACUGUACUCCGCUGCACAGCCUCCUUCUGUUCUCCAGUCCUCCAGUUGUCAGAACUAAGGACGUCCGAACCCACACUCUCCUGGAAUCUGGGUCUGGAUGUGCCGAGGCAUACAUAGUAGUAUCCCAGCUGUCCAAGCUCAUUGAAGGGGUAUAG